AUGCCGGCUGCUACGAUUCCUAUUGUGAAGAAGCGGACCAAGAAGUUCGCCCGCCACCAGUCGGACCGCUUCAAGCGUGUCAGCCCCAACUGGCGCAAGCCUACGGGUAUUGACAACUGUGUUCGCCGUCGCUUCAAGGGCACGAUCAGCAUGCCCAAGAUCGGCUACGGCUCGAACAAGAAGACGCGCCACAUUAUGCCCAACGGCUACCGCCGCUUUGUGGUGGCCAACGUCAACGACAUGGAUCUCCUUCUCAUGCACAACAACACGUUUGCCGCUGAGAUUGCCCACAACGUGAGCAGCAAGAAGCGUAUUCAGAUCCUCGAGAAGGCCAAGGUGCUUGGCGUCCGCGUUACCAACGCCAACGCCCGCGUUCGCGCGCAGGAGGCAUAA